AUGAGCAGUUCCUCCAGUGGUCCGAUCGGAGCGGCGCCGCCGCCUCCCGGGGAGACGCCCGACUUUGCGAACCCGCGAGACAUCUUUCACACGCUGCAUACCGUCUACAUGGCCAUCAUCCAGGUCGUUGUCGUCGUGUUCUUUGCGAUACGGGUAGUCGCAGGGAGCUGUCUGCUUGGAUGGUUCUUUACUGUGUUGCUCAACGGUACCGUGUUCUUCAAGCUUCGGCACGGAGAAGGAUAUCACAUUUGGGAGAUCACCGAGGCCAACUUCCUAGAGCUGCAAAAGUGGCUCUACAUCAGCUCCCUCCUGUACACCCCGGCCGCCUUCUUCACCAAGGUGGCCAUCCUGCUCUUGGUUGUGCGAGUCUUCUCCGUCGACCUGUUCGUCGCUCGGACACUGCACGCUCUGCUGAUCUUCUUCCUCAUUUGCUACUUCCCGGCCCAAGUCGCUAAGACACUGGUCUGCAUCCCCAUCAACGCCUUCUGGGAUCCGACAACACGGAAUUUCAAGUGCAUCAACCAGACAAAGCUGUUCAUAUACGACACCACGCUGGGCAUCGUAUCCGAUCUCGCCAUCCUGCUGAUCCCCGUGAUCCUGACGUGGACCCUGCGUGUUUCUCUGCUGAAAAAGGUCAAAAUCGUAGGACUGUUGGGAGCUGGCGGCGUCGCGGUAGGCAUCACCGCCUAUCGGAUGUACCUCGUGCUCAAGUUCGAAGACACGACAGAUCCAACCGUCGACUUUGUCCCGCUCGACUGGACCGUGUAA